ACCGCUUUCGCUUGUGUAACACUACGGACUAUUUCCUCUGCUAUUUCAAUACGCGUUUAACGAUCGUCCUAUAACAUAAUUGAUUUAUAAUUGUGAUUUUACGCGGUUUUGGCUCGAAGUGAUUUUUUGAUAACGUUAUUUUUUUAUUCUGUAAAAAAUGGUAAUUGUAUCGUAAAAGUUUAUUCCUCGGAAAAUAAAUUCGGUGUAAACAUUUUUUUUUUAUUCGCAAGAAAAUGCAUAAACGAAAACCAUGUAGGGGCCGGUUUCGGUGAGAUGUUGGGUGAAGAUUAGUGUUGGACUGAGGUACUGAGAGUUGUUUCAUGGAUGUGGAAAACGCGGAGUGUUGGAGGGCCGGAGGAGAGAGGAUGGUGGCCGAGGAAGGAAAGACGAGGGCGACUGACUUCUCGAUCGCGGCGAUCAUGGCCCGCAGCGGCGCCGAGCCGCGCAGCCCCGUCGCGCAAACACCGCCACACACCGGUUCGGUAUCCAGACAAAGUUCACCGGCAUCGCUCAGCUCUCCAGCGUCGAGCUGCCGGUCCCCCCUGCCGGACGAAGAUGUGGAGGUGGACGUGGAACAGUGUUCUGAUGGAGAGCGAGACGCCUCCGACCACGCCGUGCCUUCACCUGCGCCAUCCUCCGAACUAGGUGAGAGGGACACGCCUUCACCAGCGAGGCCGCUUCCUCCAGCUACCUCCUGCAACUGCGAGGAGUUACUCUCCGUAGACUGUCAGCUGGAAACUAAGGAAUUAUGGGACAAGUUCCAUGACCUUGGCACCGAGAUGAUCAUAACUAAGAGUGGCAGACGCAUGUUCCCGACGGUACGCGUAUCGUUCGCGGGGUGCCGCGCGGACGCGCGCUAUGCCGUGCUGCUGGACGUGGUGCCGGUGGACGGCAAGCGGUACCGCUACGCGUACCACCGCUCGUCCUGGCUGGUAGCCGGCAAGGCGGACCCGCCAGCACCCGCGCGCCUCUACCCGCACCCUGACUCGCCUUUCUCCGGCGACCAGCUGCGCAAGCAGGUCGUCUCUUUCGAGAAGGUCAAACUCACCAACAACGAAAUGGACAAGAAUGGACAGAUCGUCUUGAACUCGAUGCAUCGGUAUCAACCUCGGAUCCAUCUCGUCAAGGUCCGCGAAGGAGGUGGUCCCAUAACGGAUCUCUCAAGAGAACAGCACCGCACCUUUGUCUUCCCGGAAACAGUCUUCACAGCUGUCACGGCCUACCAGAACCAACUCAUAACUAAGCUCAAGAUAGACUCCAAUCCCUUUGCCAAAGGGUUCCGAGACUCAUCGAGACUGACGGACUUUGAUAGAGACCCGAUGGAGCUGAUGUUGAUGGAGCAGCAGUUGUUGCGCUCUCCGUUGCGGCUGUACGCAGGCGGCGCGGAGGAGGAGGCAGAGAAGCGAGCAGCUUGGGCGCGCUCACCGGCAGCAUUGCAGCUUCUGGCGCUGGGAGGCCGUGCGUGGCCCGCCACCUGGCCGCAGCCUCUAGCGCUACCCCACGACCUCUGGCUGCAGAAACCACCCACGCCGUUGCGCUACUGCCCCUACCCGCCCCCCGCGCACCCCAACGCUCCCCCUCAGCCUCGCCCGCAGCACUCACCGUCACCCAGGCAUCCACUGUGAACAUACCAACACAAUCCUGGACUGUGCUCUCAUACCCCUACUAUUUGCCACUUUUACACUGCUAAUGAACGGGAUUCAAAGCAGGAGUUCUAAAGUAGAGUGGCAAAAUGGGUUGCAAUGAAAAUGUGCUGUGACAACCGCAUCAUCGAGUACUCGUAGUAGUGACUCACACGAACUAAAUGAUGAGUUCGGCUAGUAAAGAGACUAUGUGUUUAUUCAAAGUGAGUUUCAAAUUAGUACCUUAAUAGACGAAUGUAACUGAGUAGUUUAAGAGGUUGUCAAUAGAUUACGUGUACUUUAAUACAUAAUUUCAAGGUUCCUACCCGAAAGUAUAAUAUGGAGAAGUAAUGUUAAUGUAGUGUGAAAUGAAUAUAAUUUAACAAUAGUUACCUGCACAUAUAUAUGUGUUUGUAUGAUUCUUACUGAUUUCAUGUUUCUUUCUUUUCGUGGUCUUAGCAAUAUAUUAUCUUCUUAAAUUACAUCGUAAUAUAAUAAACCAAAGAAAUGCGUUGAAAUGACGAAAACAUGAUUACAUUUACAUUCCAGAAAGUAUAAUUAUAUUUGUAGCAAUUUAAUAUUACUUAGCUUUCGUUUGAAUAGAUCUGAAAUUCGUCAUAUGUCCGUGAAGUCUCGAUCUCAUAAGUUUAGACAUAUUAGGUAUUAUAUGUUUGACACAUUAAUUAGGUCCAAUUUUCAUUUAUUACUUUGUCACGCAAAAUGACAAAAGCUUUUGUCCUUGUAUUGUUAAAAUUUAACAAAUAAAGAUGUAACUAAAUAAAAAAAAUAAAGGUGGCCUUUCUGCAACUAUAAACUUUAUAAUGGUCAAUGCAAAGUUGUAUUUAGAUAAAAAAAUAUGAGAUAGGUAUAUCUUUAUAUUAUGUUACUUCUACCACAAUACCUUUAUGAGAAAGAGACGACAUAAGACUUGACAACCCUAGCGUACUCACUGUCGAGUACACACACAUCCUUACACAUUUAAAAAUGCGAAUUAAUUUGAACUCUAAGUCUUUAAUGAUACGAACUAAAAUAUUAAUUAGUUAAUAUUAUAAUUUUUGUCUCAGAAGGGACAGAUUCCAAACCCAAGUGAUGUUUAUUGUAUGUACCUAUUACCUAUGUAUUGUACAUUCUAUGGCUUAAGACUAUUUAUAUUUUACUUUUAGCUGUAAGAUAUAUGAAAAUGUAUGUACUGUAUAGUGGUUGACUAAAUUAUUUUUGUAGGAUAAGCACUGUAAAUAAUGGAACACUUAGAUGUUUAUAUCAAAUAAGAAGUUUUGAAGAAGUAUUGUCUUGUAGAAAAUAUUACGUGGAAGCUCGCAUUGUCGUCAUAAUUUUUUAUCUAAGAAACAACCUAUUAUUGUUAUUAACAUAAAAUAUACCCAAACUCGAGCAACAUAAAGUCCAUUGAUCAUUGUACUACCUUACGUAGCUACAAAAUUGCAAAUCAAUGAUAAUUGCCAUCUCAAAGUAAAAUAAACUCUCACUAGAAAAACAUAAAGCUUAUUUUUUGUUGUGCUGUCUAUAUUAUCAGCAAAAAAAUGUUCAUAGAUAGCAUAAAAUUGUAACCCUAAAAUGAAUUUGUGCGAUUUUAGUUACCCCAUCAUAAAUAUAAGAUGAUGAAUGUUACAUUACAUUCUCCCUCUGUAUCAAAGUAUUAUUGCAAAUUGUAGGGAGAGGGGACUUUCAAUAAUGCUAAUGGAAUUUAACUUACAUAUUUAUAGAGCUUUUGUGGGUACUAGUGUUUUAACAUGAAUAGAAAAUGAAUCAAUAAAUGACUAAAUACUUUUUUGUUCAAGUUCCACCUUAUACGUUUGAAUUCAGAAGUGCCUAAUAUAUUAUUUUAUUUAUUCGAAAUUUUAAAUGUUCCAAAUAAGAAUCUGAUAAAAAAUAAAAUAAUAAAUGUAGCUCGUUUGCAAUUGAGCUAACUGACUAUGACUUUUAUUGCUCAGGAAUACGGACAAUGAUGUUAGCAAGUAAAAAUUUGUUGUAUCAAGAAUGUGGUUACUGCAAUCGUCUUUUGUCUUAAAAUUAAUGCAAUAAAGGUCAAAGUUACUUGUAUCAACUACACUUAAAGAUAUUUUUUUUGUAAAAUGAAGAGGAAUGGAGAUCGAAUUUGAAAAAGGUUAUUUUGUUUUGUGUAAGAUUUAAAAACCAUCGAUGAAUUAUUAUUAUAUUGUUCCUUAAAGUAAAA